AUGUUAGCCGCCACCAAUCCACAAGUGUUCAUACCUUUUGGGCGGCAACAUGUAAAAAAUAGAUUCAUUGGUGAAGUGAAUACUCCAUCAGUUGGAUAUUAUGAUCGGCCAGAACUCCAUGCUGAUGAAUUUUUGUCAAAAACAAUAACUGAUCUAUCUCUGGACACUUCAGAUAAUUCGCAUUCCCAAGAAAAAUUUAUUUUGAGAGAAAAAGAUGGAGCUGAAGAAGAAUUAUAUGUUUCUGGUAAAAUAGUAGUGCAUAGCCGAGGAAAUGCUUGUAAAUCUGCUGCUGAUAAAGAAGACUAUACUCCAAGCGGUAGAUCACUAAUCUGUACUUAUACAAUGGAAACUAAUGUCACACAUGCUUUAUGGAGUAAAUUCAAUGUUUCACCAGAAGUAAAUGAUAGUGAAAUAAAAACUGAAGAAAGAACAGUUCCGUGUAUAUGUAUAGUUGAUGCAAAAAAAAUAAGUUUAUAUUCUGAAGGAGGAGAUGUUUGGCAUACACCAUUAUAUUUUAAGGUAACAUCUGUUUGGAAUACAAGUUUUGGCAUACUAAUUGAAAGAGAUUUAGGUCAAGUGCCUAUUGAUAUGACAGGAAAAUCUUUACCAUUGCCUACUAUAUACUCAUUAAGUCAACCGUUAAAAGAAGUGUUGCCUUUGUUCUUAUUAAAACAAGGAAGUGUAUUACAGUAUGCCAGAGAUUGUUUAACUACUAUAGUUUUCACCAGUAUUGAGUUUAAUAUAUGUUUAAUGUAUGACAUUUUAAAUGGUCUACACAGUGUAUGGAAGAUCAGGAAGCCUACGACUGAAGAAUGCAAUAUUAUGUGUGGUCAAGAUUCGAUAUAUUCUACAACAAAUCCUUCAUAUAUUCCCAGUAAUAGUAAUCAAAUGAAUGCUAUGUCGAGCUCAUUAGUAGCUGGCUCAGGGUUCCUAUCUGAUAGACUUUCAUUAAAUCAUCCAGUGAAUUCUAGCCCAUUCCCUUUCAACAAUAGAAGAAGUACCCCUAAUAUAAUGUCACCAUUCAAUACUCUGAGUCCUAUGACUGGAAUCAGUCAUUACAACUCCUCCGUUUGGAAUAGUCCAUCAAAUACUUCAAAAAGGCGUCCAAAUGCCACUAUUACUAAUAAUCAAACAUACAACACCCCAACUUCAAUGUCUUGUAUUGUUAAUGCUAGGCUUGGUCAUGGAAGCAUGUAUGAAGAUAAUAACUCUAAACCUGUUAGUCCUGAUAUUUGUUUAGAAUAUAUGUGGACAGAAAAUCAAAAUACUAAAGGGAAUCAAGAUUUAUGUGCUUCAACAAAAGUAUUUAUUGCUUCAAAUUUUGUUGGAGACCGUCUUUUAUGUUAUCUUUUACCUAAAAAGACCCACUUAAUAUGUGUUGAAUUGGAAACAAAUAUAAAUGAUAUUACUUUGGGAAAUGUCACAGUUCUUGUAGCAAAAGAUGCAGCAUAUUUACCAUCAAAAAAAUUAACUGUGAUAAUGGAUUGUCAAAACAAUAUUUCAUUAUAUUCUGGAAUAUUAAUUAUUGGUUCUAUCCAAUUGGGGAGUAUGUCUUCAGUAUUUGAUGAGAAUACAUCGUAUUUUACAGCAACAAACAGGUCAACUAUCGGAACUCCAUUAAUAAAUCGUAAAAGUUUAUUAUCAUCUACAAGAAAUGAAGAUAAUAUUCAAAUAAAUGAAAAUGUUAAUAGCAUUGUAUCAUCUUCUGAUUAUGACUCACAACUUGUAAGACAUUUUGAAACACCAUAUUCUGAAUCAUCAUUAAAUUGUUAUACAUCUAAAGUAGAAUUAAAGCAUUUAAGAGAUCCUAUAGCUUCUCGGGUCACAUUAGUUCACGAAGAUGGAAGUAUGAUUAGAGUUGAUUUUCCAGUUGUUAGUUCAUCCCCAUUAGUUACUAAAUGUUUAAACACAUUAAAAAAUGUCCUUAAAAAAUCAACUGUCAUGGAGCUAAUGAUAAAAUGGUAUACAGUUAGAAAUGCACCAGGCACUCAAAAUAUAUCGGGUGAAGAGGAAUGGAAAUUAUUUAUCCAUAUGCUACUUAGACUCAUAGGAUAUAACUUAGAAUCAUUGGCAUUAACACAAGAUUCUUUGAAUACAUAUAGUGAUACACCAGCAAAAUCAAAAAAACAGAGGGUUUUGGAUAUGGGCAGUGAUGAAGACUGGACAUUUAUGUUAAAAACAUCAUUUAACAGUUUCCGGGGCAAUAAUAUAGCAGCCUCUCUAGGGUUGAAAAAUAAACUAAAUAAUUAUAACCCAAACUUUCAUCAACAUUCAAACUUAAAAAAUAAUAUUGAUACAAAUGCAAUACUAUUUCCAUACAUCUAUGAUGUUUUAUUUUCUUUACAUUUAGUUUAUGAAGACUUAAAACUUAAUACAAUGAAAACUAAUUUGCUACCAAUGGUUGUGCAAUUGUUAUAUCAAUUAGCAACUGAUUUGAAAUUAGAUGAAUAUGUUUAUCAUUAUUGGAAAGAUUAUCCAAAUUUUUAUAACAGGAAUUAUUUAUCAUUAGGAUUGAGUCAAAUAAGUGAAGAAAAUCGGGAAACCCUUAUAAUUCCAUCAUAUUUUGAACCAAGUCCACCUAACAUAUUCAGAUUGUGUUUCUUGCUAAUGAAACAUUAUGCAGCUAAUCCUUAUCCUUGUAUAGAAAAUGUCAAUAGAAGGACCAAGAAUAUAAUUCAGAUCUAUGGUUUAUUAUGUUUAAAAAAGAAGUCUCACAUGAAUGCAUUAGUUAAAAUAAUAAAUCCUGCUGGAGUAAAAUCAAAUAAAAAUGAAAGCAUUUCUUUAGAUAAUGUAAAUUUGAAAAAUAAAGUAGCAAAAUAUCAGCACGCUACACUUUUUAUGUCUAAAAUAGGAAUUACACAGCAGACUCUAUUAACUUACCCACCUGGAGUUGCAAUAUUGCUAUGUGAUGUUAUUGAUAAAUGCAGAGAAAGUCCACCUACAAAUUGGCCAAAAUCUGCAUAUGAAUUAAUUAUGCGAGAAGAUUUAGCAUCACAGACAUUAAAUACUUUUUAUAAAAAUAACAAUAAAAAAAAUAAUUCUAAAAGUAUGGAUAAAUCUAACAAUUGGAAUGAUGUGAGUGAAACCGACACUGGUAUUAUAAAGGAUGGCAUGGGAAAUCUAGAUGAUGAGGUUAUGAAAUUAUUAUGGAAUAAAGAUCAUCGUAUAACGGAUGUGAGAAAUUUUUUACAAUCUUGUCACCCAGUGACCAUUGGUAUUAAGCAACCACCAGAAGCUAGUGAUCAUGACUUUGUUGAGGAACAAGAAAAAUAUUUGUACUCAAUUUGCUCAAGAACGAUGGCUCUACCAGUUGGCAGAGGAAUGUUCACUAUGAGAUCAAUACAACCUGUUAUAACUGAACCACUUCCAUUACCAAAACUUUGUUUAUCUGGUAAAACGCCACGUGGUGCUGCAGUUGAACUUACCCACAUAGAUAUUGUUCCUAAUAUGAAUCUUUGGCCAUUAUUCCAUAAUGGAGUAGCUGCUGGAUUACGAAUAAUGCCUUCCGCUGAUAAUAUUGAUUCCACUUGGAUUCUAUAUAAUAAACCAAGAAGUACUCCAGAAGCACUUCCAGAACAUGCUGGAUUUCUUAUGGCAUUGGGCUUAAACAGGCAUAUUACUAACUUAGCUACAAUGAAUACUUAUGAAUAUCUAUGUAGAUCUCAUGAAAUGAUCAGUAUUGCAAUACUUAUUGGAUUAGCAGCAGCUAAACGAGGUACUAUGGAUACAGAAAUUACACGAAUGUUGUGUAUCUUCAUUGAAUCUUUAUUACCUCCAACUACCAUUGAAUUAGAUAUGAGUCAAAACUUGCAAAUAGCAGCAUUAUUAAGUAUUGGUCUUCUUUACCAAAAAACUGCCCACAGACAUAUAGCAGAAGCACUGUUAUCUGAGAUAGGCCGACCGCCUGGUCCAGAAAUGGAUAAUAGUAUCGAUAGGGAAUCUUAUUCAUUGGCAGCAAGUCUUGGUCUUGGUUUAGUUGUAUUAGGUAAAGGUUCAGAUGUUGUUGGCCUUAGUGAUUUAUCAAUUGCUGAUACAUUGCAUUACUAUAUGGUUGGAGGACAUAAAAAACCUCUUACAGGAGCACAAAAGGAUAAAUACAUUAAUCCCAGUUAUCAAAUCCGUGAAGGGGAAAUGGUAAAUGUAGAUGUAACUUCAAGAGGUGCUACUUUAGCCUUAGGAAUGAUGUAUUUUAAAACAGGAAACCAAGCUGUAGCAAAUUGGAUGAGCAUACCUGAUUCCCCAUAUCUACUAGAUUUCAUUAACCCUGAAUUUAUAUUACUUAAAAUGUUAGCCAGAGGCUUAAUAAUGUGGAAUUACAUAUUACCCACAAAAGAUUGGAUCGAACAGUUUGUACCUCAAUCUAUUCAACGCUAUUGCUUAGUAAAACCUAAACCAGGAAUGGCCAAUCCUGAUUUAGAAACCAUUAAUCAAACAUACUGCAAUAUUGUAGCUGGCUGUAGUAUGGCAAUGGGUUUACGUUUCGCUGGAUCUGCUAAUGAAGAAGCUUUCAAUACUCUUUUAUCUUACUGCCAAAUGUUUAUAUCAUUAUGUAGUAAAUCAGUUGCUGAACUUUGUGGAAAAUCAACUAUUGAAACUUGUAUAAAUGUUACUCUUAUAUCAUUAUCUAUGGUUAUGGCAGGUACAGGUGAUUUAGAGGUUUUGCGAAUUUGUAGAUAUUUGAGAUCAAGAGUUAGUGUAUCUCCACAUAGUGUUAUUACUUAUGGAUCUCACUUGGCUACACAUAUGGCGCUAGGAUUAUUAUUUUUAGGAGGUGGAAGAUACACUCUUUCUACAACCCCAGAAGCUGUAGCUGCACUUAUUAUAGCAUUUUAUCCACAAUUUCCUACUCAUAGUAAUGAUAAUAGAUAUCAUUUACAAGCUUUUAGACAUCUCUAUAUUUUAGCUACUGAACCUAGAAUAAUAUUACCGAGAGAUAUUGAUUCUGGAGAUUUAUGUUACGUUCAUUUAAAAGUUAUUUUUCUUGAUACUAAAUAUUACAAAAACCAAUUUUAUACUGUCAGAGCUCCGUGUUUACUACCACAAUUAUCAUUAUUGAAAGAAGUACAUGUUGAUGAUGGAAGAUAUUGGUCAAUAGUGUUUGAACGUGACAGAAAUUGGGAUAAUCUCGUAAAUAUGUUAAACAAUGUCAGUUGCUUAAAUGUCAAACAUAAAGCUGGACACUUAUCGUAUGCAGAAGAUCCAAAUGGUUACAAAUCUCUAAUAGCACAAAAUCUUAUGUUAAGUGAUAAAAAUUCCUGGACAAUUUCCCCUGAAAUUAUAUACGGAUUUUCUUCUGAUCCAAAAAUUGUUCAAAUGGUUCGUUACUUUUUAGAUUUGACAGGGGAUAAAGUUAACAAUCCCCAUCAAACAACUGUUACUCGGCAGUAUGCUCAAAUAUUAUUUGAUUCUAUAGUACACGAUAAAGUAUUUUUAUUACCUCUUUGGAUGCCAAUAAUGAAGACUUUAUGUAAUCUACGUCAACCGCCUAGUAGCUUUUAUUGUUGGCAAUUAAAAUUAUUUAUUGAAGCGGCAAGUACAAGUGUUUUUCAUCAAGAAAAGUUGAGUGAUAGACCAAAAUUAAUUCCAAUAUUAUUUGCCUCGUCAAUUGAAAUGACCUGUGAUGCUAUCAUUCAAAAUUGGGAAAGAGAUGGGAUUUCAGUUAAAGUAUGUUGGGACCCCUCAGAUUAUCAAGACUCUAAAACUGAAUUGAUGAAAGGUGCAUAUUGUACAUUAUUGGAUAUUCCACAUAAAUCCAAAAUACCCGAAUUUGCUUUGACGGACCCACAUUUAUUGUAUCAAUAUUCUAAGGAGCUAUUAAUAUCAUGGGAAACAAUUAGUAAAAUAUGUGAAUAA